AUGACUAACGGUAGGAUCAUGAAUAGGGAAUCCAAAGUUGCGACAAACAGCUUCAUUGGAGCUGAUGUACCGGCCAAUUUGGUAGAGCGUUAUUUCGUCGUUGUUAUUCACUGGAAAAGCGGUCACAUUGCCAAAAUUGUGGGCCUGAUGUGCCAACCACCCACCUUGCCGAAGGAUAUUAUUAUUGGCAGAACGUGUGGCAUACAUUCUGAUGGUAUCUGUGAAGUCACGUGCAGAAUAAAUGGUUUGGAGUUAUGGAAGUCUUACAUUCGCUGUUUGAAAAAUGGACAAUGGGAAAACCCUCCAAGCUGUGUACCACGAACAAGAUCGCCAAUUAUAGAACUUAUAAAAUGCAGUCACCUACCAGAGAGUAUCGAAGAUUUAUCCACUUGCAUUCGAAUCAAAAUGGCGAUAUCGGCUUCCACUUCCAGUUCAAAGUCACUUUGCCAGACAGCUUUAGACUUGUUUGUAAAAUUUGGAAAUUGCACAGAAAUUUCAGAGGAUUGCACAGUCACUUGUGGCACCAGCACUAUGACUCUGUUUUGUUUAGAAGAGGGAAGCAUGUAUCCCCAGUGCAUUCCACCAAAACUAUUGAAAUGUCCCGAGUUGAAAUUCGCUAAACUGAUUAAUUGCUCAAGAGAAAAAGACACUUCAUGCAAGAUUCAGUGUCCAGAUGGAAAUUUUGUGCCACAAGAAGCAAUAUGUCUUCCUUCUGGUGAAUGGUCACCAUUACCUUCGUGCCACGCGCGAUUCCAAUGUGCAUCAGAGCCGCUUCCAUCCGAUAUACUAUUCAUAAACACUACUUGUAAAACCUCGCAAAGCAUAUCUUGCAGAGUUGGUUGUCAAGUAUACGAAUAUGAACCAAAAAAUGAAUCUUAUUCUAAACAAGUUGUUUUUAUUAAAGAAGCCUAUUGUGGGCCUGCUGGUCACUGGGAAAAUCUACCCGACUGCCAAACUGCAAAGCUCCAUUUCUGGAAUAAACGUAUUGACAGCUCCUAUUGCUCUGACCCUGAAUUUGACAGAAAUGCCAUUCUUCAGAAUGGUUGUUUAACUAGGGAAGGAUCGAUAUGUUUGUUGAAAUGCAAAGAGGGCUAUGAACCUAAUGGCUUGUUCAUCCUGCGCUGUUUAAAAAAGAAGUGGAUCAGUGAAAUUCGCUGCUCUGUAAUUAAAAAAUGCCAAAGCUUACCUGGACAUUUAAAAUUUGUUUGCAAUUGUCGAAAGACAGCUGGUUUAUUUUGCCGAGUUCAAUGUCUGAGUGGAAUACCAAGAGGAAGUAAAACAGUCUACUGUUCCUAUUCAUCAAAAUGGAUGUACCUUCCUUUAUGUUUAUCUAAAAGUUAUAAUAAAACAUCAGACUGCCUUCCGAAAUUUUUGCCGCCGUACUUAAAAUUUGUGGAUAAGUGUACUUUCAAAAGUGGAGAAAUAUGCCAAGUGAAAUGCACCGCACGAUUUGUUCUGGAAGACUGUAGUUCGAAAUCGUCAGGUGAAUAUUGUUUUCUAGAAUGUCGAGAGAACGGUACAUUUCCUAAAGCAAAUAAGAUAAAAUGCUUGGAUGGCUUGCAUUGGUCAAUCUUACCAAUCUGUGCUUGUCCUCCUCCAAUAAUUACCGAAGAAUUAGUAUUCAAAACCAAUUGCAUUCAUGUCGUUCCAAGCGGAAAUUGCACUCUCUCUUGCAAAGGUCAUGCUUUAUUGGUGGGAAAUCCUCUAAUUACGUGUCGAGCGGAUAUGACAUGGACCAAUUUGCCUAGAUGUAAAAAAGUUUUUUGCUCAAAACCAGUUGUUCCAUCAACAGUUUUUUUAAGUGAGCAUUGCAUAUCAAAAUCACCUGGAGAGCAUUGUUCUGUAGAAUGCGGUUAUAGUGGUAGAAUAUUGGGACCGAAUAAAAUAACUUGCUUGGAAUCUUUAAGAUGGUCAUCUUUCCCAAAGUGCGCUUGUCCACCUCCAAUGUUACCUGAUAAUUUAUCGUUAAAAGAGAAUUGUUCUGAUAAACAUCCAGGGGAACGUUGCUCAUUAGCGUGUGACAAAAAAAAAUUCGCUCAAGACAUCGAUUACAUCUAUUGCCAAAAUCUCACUUAUAACUGGGGUCUCUUUCCUACUUGUAAGAGAAAGACUUGCACUAAGAUGAAGCUUCCAAAAACGUUAUCAUACGUAGGAGAUUGCUCAGGUAUAAUUCCUGGCAAAACAUGCCAAGUGGAAUGCAAAGAAGGUGGUAAACUUCAUGGCUCUAGAUACAUAAAGUGUAUAAACGGCGUUCUCUGGACAAGUAUGCCAAACUGUUCUUGCCCUUCUCCUGAUUUACCUGAUAACAUGGAAGCAGAUGCGAACUGUAAUGAUAUCAGAAUAGGAGAGAGAUGCCGAUUGAAAUGUAGAAAGCCUUUUCAUCUCACAGGUAAAAGCGAUAUUGUUUGUCAGACCAAUACUCGAUGGACUUCCACACCAGUAUGCAAAAAUAUCAUGUGCCCAGUACCAGACCUUCCCAACUAUUUAGACUUUUAUGAUGACUGUUCCUCAAAACUCAUUGGACAGAAAUGUCAUUUAGAAUGCAAAGAAGGAGGUACUUUCAUUGGAUCAAAUACCCUGAUUUGCCUGAAAGCAAACAACCUAUUUAGCUGGUCACCUUUUCCAAGUUGUACGUGCCCACCUCCGGCUCUCUCAAAUGGAUUGAAAUCAGUUGAAAAUUGUGAUUAUAAAAAACGAGGUGAAACAUGCUCCUUAGCUUGCAUUGGAAAUGCAGCUAUAAUUGGAAUUAAUUACAUUACGUGUCAAAAUAACACAAAAUGGACUUCCCUACCAAAAUGCCGCAAUUUGUUUUGUUUUCGGCCGAAUCCACCUAAGGAAUUGUUGUUUCAAGAAGAUUGCUCAAAUAAAAAUAUCGGUGAUUCUUGUGCAUUUGAAUGUCGUCACGGCGGUAAAACAAUUCCAAAUAAUACGAUUUCUUGUUUGACAUUCAAGCACUGGUCAGCCUUUCCAAACUGCUCCUGUCCUUCACCCGUUUUUCCAAACAACUUACAUCUCUUAGAGGACUGUUCGUUGAAACAACCAGGAGAAAUUUGUAGAGUAACUUGUAAAGAAAAAUCCCUCAAUCUGUACCACUCAUCCAUAAGAUGUGGUAAGGAUUUCCGUUGGGGUAUUUUUCCCUCUUGUAAGCUUAAAAAUUGUCCUAAGCCAGUACUUCCUAAUUAUAUUUCACUCGACGAUGAUUGUAAUUCUAAAAAACCUGGUGAUGUUUGCAAAGUUGUAUGCAAAAUGGGUGGAAUAUCGGUUGGCAACGAUUUCAUUAGAUGCCUUAGGGAUUUAAAAUGGACAUCAUUUCCUUUUUGCACCUGCCCUAGUCCUAAACUAAGACAAGGUAUGUUGUCUAUUGAGAACUGCACGUUUAAGAUUCCUGGGGAAAAGUGUCGAAUUAAGUGCCAUGAAAGUUUGAAGCUUGAAGGGAAAAGUUUCGUUCUUUGUCGAAACGAUAACAGAUGGAAUAUUGAAUCAAAGUGCCAUAAGAAAUUCUGUCCCAAACCUAACCUUCCUAGUCAUUUAUUGUUCAACGAGAAUUGUUCUCUUAAAAGUGUGAAAGAGAGAUGCGAGUUGCUGUGUAAACAUGGUGGUGAAUUGAUGAAGAGAAGUUUUAUUGAGUGCUAUUCAAGCCUAAAAUGGUCUAAGUUUCCUCAAUGCACCUGUCCUUUGCCUGUUUUAAAUAAAAACUUGAAGUUUCGAGAAGAAGUUUGCUUUAAUAAAACUGCUGGGGAAAAAUGCCUUUUGAAAUGCAAAACGAAACAAAAAGCACCAGAGAAAAUUUAUCUUCGUUGUUUACAAGGCGGUACAUGGACAAAUUUACCUAAGUGUACAGUGAGCAAGAAAAAUAAGAUUAACCUAAAAUAA